CACACAUUUGUGACGUUAUUAUCAUUCAGACUCAGCACUGAAAGCCUUUCACGGAUAAAACACACCUGUGUGUCGCGGGAGUAAAAAACCCGCAGCGUGACACAUGAAAAAGACCUGAGACUCCACGUGUUUCCCUCGUCAUGACUCCAUGUUUUAGCGACACACCGCAGGUUUUUGCAGCAACAAUCCAGCGCUAUGUCUCUGAGGUUCGCCGAGUGCAGUCAUCACGUGGCGUGGGGUCUGAGUGUGAACACGAUGUUCAGUGUGUGGGCUCUGCUUUCUGUGAAACACACUGAUCCUGCUGCUGCUCAGCACACACACACCUACACAGAGAUGAUGAUGAUGAUGAUGGUGAUGGACACUUUGUGCUGAAGCUUUUCACUGAAACAACAGGACAUUUGUUUUUGUCUGGCCGUCUCUGUGAUUGUGGACAACUUGUGUGAGGCACCGCGAGGAGCAGAGCGGCGUGAAGUUUGCAGGAGUGAGUGAGGACAGACAAAGUCAAUCAUCUGAUGAGAAGCUGCAGCUCAGGAAGAGGCUGCCAUGGAGAGAAAGGAGAGCUCAGCCACAGGCAGCUGGCCCCUCGACAACAGCCACAUCUCCUCUGCAGUAAAGAACUCCUGCCAUCCCAAUCUGAAGACGUUCCUGGCAGCCUUGUCCUUUGCCUCCUUUGCCCAGGCUUUAUCUGGCAGCUACAUGAAGAGCACAAUCACACAACUGGAAAGGCGGUUUGACAUCUCCAGUUACCUGAUCGGCAUCAUAGAUGGGAGCUUUGAAGUGGGGAAUUUGCUGGUGAUUGCCUUUGUGAGCUAUUUUGGUGCCAAACUUCACCGCCCCAAGAUCAUAUCAGUCGGAUGUAUCUUAAUGUCUUUCGGGACCUUCUUGAUGGCCAUGCCACAUUUCAUCAGUGGCCGCUAUAAGAUCGAAACAGCCAUUCGAUCAUCAGUGAAUUCAACCAAUAACCUCUCUCCAUGUCCAGUGAGUUCCGCCGAGUCCAGUAGUGUGGGGGACAGACCCUCUCUACUGCCACCUAAUGGUUGUGUGCGAGAGUCUAGUGUUUCCAUGUUGGCCUACAUGUUUUUGGGAAAUGUUCUGCGAGGGAUUGGAGAGACUCCGAUACAACCUUUGGGAAUCUCCUACAUUGAUGAUUAUGCAGAGUCCAAGAAUGCUGCGCUCUACAUUGGUUGUGUCCAAACGAUAUCAAUCAUCGGCCCUGUCUUUGGAUACUUGCUGGGUUCACUUUGUGCCAAAAUUUACGUUGACAUCGGUUACAUGGACAUGGAGACUGUGACCAUUACUCCCAGUGACGCCCGCUGGGUGGGGGCAUGGUGGCUGGGUUACCUCAUCGCUGGCAUCAUCACUCUCAUGACUGCUGUUCCCUUCUGGUUCCUGCCCAAAUCGCUGCCAAUGCCUGUGGACGAACACGACACCAGCUGCACGCCGGAGCAAAGCAGGUUCCUCAAAGAUUCCCCAAACAUGAAGCACAAGUUCAGACCUGAGGAGCCGCCUAAUUUACGUCAAAUGGCCAAGGAGUUUGUGCCGACAUUGAAGAGUCUCCUUGGAAGUCCCGUGUACAUCGUCUACUUGUGUGUGACCAUCAUUCAGUUCAACUCUCUCAUUGGCAUGGUCACAUACAAACCCAAGUACAUCGAGCAACACUAUGGCCAGUCGGCAUCAAAAGCCAAUUUUCUUAUGGGCAUGAUCAACAUCCCAGCUGUGGCCCUCGGGAUGUUCUCCGGAGGUGUUGUCAUGAAGAAGUUCAGGUUGGGUGUCCUGGGAGCAGCUAAAUUUGCUUUUGGGACCUCCCUGCUGGGAUAUCUCCUGUCACUCUUUUUCUUAGCCAUGGGCUGCGAGAACCCUAAAGUGGCAGGCGUCACAGUCUCAUACACUGGAGUGGAGGGCAUGUCUUAUCAGGAAAAAUCUCUCUUCUCCGACUGCAAUUCUCAGUGCUCGUGCUCAGGCAGGGAGUGGGAUCCAGUGUGCGGAGAGAAUGGGAUCACGUACGUGUCCCCGUGCUUGGCAGGAUGCACCUCCUCCUCUGGCUCUGCAAAAAACAUGGUGUUUGACAACUGCAGGUGUUUGGCACUGACUAUGAUCCAUCCAGGCAAUAUGACGGUCACUCUGGGUCAGUGCCCACGCAAAGACGACUGUGAAAAAAUCUUUCCAUACUUCCUGGCUCUGUCUGUCCUCAGCUCAUUCAUUAUUUCUCUUGGGGGGACACCUGGCUUUGUGCUGCUUAUCAGGUUCAUUAAACCUGAGCUUAAAUCUCUUGCCCUUGGAAUCCACACACUGGCCACUCGUAUGCUCGCUGGAAUACCUGCCCCCAUAUACUUUGGAGCCAUAAUCGAUACCACCUGCCUCAGAUGGGGAUACAAACUGUGCGGAGGAAGAGGAGCGUGUAGAAUAUAUAAUACCUCAGCUUACAGGACAGUGUACCUGGGCCUGACUCUGGUCUUGAGGACAGUCUCCUUCUUCUUUUGUGUUCUGGGAAUUGCUCUGCUCAAAAGACAUAUUAAGAGGAAGGAGAAUAAUGCUCUCAUCAGUGAGAAUGCGGAGAUGGCAUCACUAAGGAAAGAGGAGAACGGCUCCAUACACUGUGAGCAGGUAAUACUGUCCACAGACUGCAGUUCUGACUCAGAGACUCACUUGUGAGACUCGACACAACCACCUCUCUUCUGAAUGU